AUGAACGAGAAACCGUGUCGAGAAAACGGAAAAUGUCUCCCGACAAAUUAUUUUUGCGACGGUAUCAGAGACUGCCUAGACAACAGCGAUGAGACCAAUUGCGGUAUUGGGAUUUUUGUUGUUGUUGUAUUUCUUCACUGCGGAAUGAGAAUGGUACAACCUCCACUCAGAAGCACCAACAUCGUCAACGGCAAUCAGGCCCCCAUGGGAGCCUGGCCCUGGUUCGCCAUUGUCAAAGUUAUGGGAAUGAGAAUUUGUGGUGGGGUUAUCGUUAGUUACCUCAGUGUUAUGACGUCAGCCAGUUGUCUCGGAACGAUAUACAACCAGCCGAUAUCAGCCGAGGCAGUGGCCAUAUUUGUGGGCACCAACAAAAUGGACGGGUCAUCGGGCCAAGGAAUUCGAGUUUCCAAAAUUUUUAUCCAUCCGGAUUUCGAUCCGUCGUCUGGCAUGAACGACAUCGCCAUCCUCCAGAUGGACCAUUCCAUAAUGUUUGAUGACAACGUCCAAUCCAUCUGUCUGCCGGAUUUCGUGCAUGAUCGUAAUCUGUCCAUGUCCCAGUUUAAAUCCUGUUACAUUGCCGGGUUUGGAGCCAACAGAGCUGGCGGUCCUCAGUCGAAAGUUUUGUUGCAGGGGCGGGUGAACCUACUGAGCCAUCGGGAGUGCAUCAGCCACCUUUACAAUAUGACCACGGCCCCAUUCAAGCAGUACGUCAACUAUACUACCCACAUUUGUGCCGGAAUUUACUCAAAUUCGUACGGAUCCAACAUGUGUGAAGGUGACGAGGGAGGUCCCCUUAUGUGUGAGACGAUUACUUCCAAGUGGGUUCUUGUAGGGAUAUCCACCAGACACCCUGGCCAGAGCUGCAAGAGUAGUGUCUUCUCCAGGGUUUCGAGUUUUAUCCCGUUCUACACGCAACUCAAAGUGGACACUGGGUUUAUGUAAUAGGUUUCUGAACC